UCAUCCUGUGCUACGCUAAGACUAUCCACCAUGAAAGAAGAAAUUGCAGCCACAGUUGUCUUUAUUACAAUGCUUGUGAAAAAGCACAGGAAGCUGAACAGGCAAAAAACUGAACAUUUUGCUGCCAAAUUGACAACUAUACUGUUUGCAAGAUAUAAAUCUCAUUGGUAUACAGAAAAUCCAACCAAAGGACAAGCUUUUCGAUGCAUAAGAAUAAACAAGUGUCAGGCUGUUGACUCUGUGUUGGCACAAGCGUGUGCAGAAAGCAAUGUAGAUUAUGACGAUCUUGGACUGCCAAAGGAAAUGACGAUCUGGGUAGAUCCAUUUGAGGUUUGCUGCAGAUAUGGAGAGAAAAAUAAUCCGUUUACAAUAGCUAGCUUUAUGGGGAAGGAAGACUUUAAUGUGUCUAAACGAAUCAGCACAGCUGUGGAAAAAGCCACUUCAGAUUACCAUUCUGGCACAUCCUCUGAUGAAGAGAUCACUAUUAAAGAGCCAAAGUCUAUUCCUACAGUAAGCAAUCCUAACAGCAUCUACCAGUGUACAGACUACAGCCAUCCUAUACAGUCUUGGUCCCAAUUUCCUCGCAGAAAGAACUACCAAAGUGAUGGGUACCAUCAGCAUCAAUCUACACCCUAUUGUCAAAACUAUAAUCCACAAAACAAACCCUAUAAACACCACAGGCAGUCUGUGUUUUCAGGUCCUCGCAUUGACCGCUACCACUGGGUAAACACAAGACGUUGACACCAAGAAAGUCGCUUAAAAAAAAUUUGCGCUUGUCUUUUAAAAAUUUUAUGUAAAGAUUUUAUUUAUAAUUUUAUAUGUAUGUAUGCGUCUACAACUAUGCACUGACAUGUUUGUUUUUAAAAAAAUUAAUAAAUUAACCUGAUUCUUUU